GCGCUGACUUUGAUUGACGUUUUGGGACCUUUCCCUGCAGCGGAAGCACGCCGUCACCUUUGACCCUUAGCCUGCCAGCCCGACCGACGGUUGCCUGGCAACGGCGACGCGGGGCUGCCAUGGACGCGGCGUCGCUGCCCGCCGCGCUGGAGCUGGCGGCGGGCGGCGGCGCGGGGCUGAGCCCGGAGAAGCGGGCGGUGCUGGGGUCCUCGCUGCUGCUUCUGCAGCGCGACUACCGCUUCGAGCGGGUCUGGUUCUGGGGCUGCAUCCAGGGUGUGCGCGGCGCCUACUACAUCGCCGAGGGGCUGGGGCCCGACCGCGCCGCGCCCCGCAGCCGCCUCUACAGUUUGAACUGCGUGGAAUGGAGCCUCCUGCCACCAGUGACGAAGGAGACGAUUGCGCAGGCUGAGCAGCUGACGGGCCGCUUCCAGGGGGAUCCUUCUUUUGCGUAUGAGUUUGCAGAGAUAAACGCAGAAGAUGCUGAAAACCUGAUUGAAGGUGGUAAGGAGUUCUCGAUCAAGGAGGAGGUCCGCCUUGUGGCUACCAUAGAACAGAUAGACAGAGCAGUUGGUAUCAUCCCCCGGGGGGCAUUUGUGAAGACUCCUCUUGGGUCUGUGCAUGAAAACAGAAACUUUGAAGGUCUUUCUUUCACAGAGGCAAAAAAACUAAGUUCCUAUUUCCAUUUUACUGAGCCUGUUAACCUGAAGAAUAAAACCCUGCUGGAAAAGGCUGAUCUGGACCCAUCCACUGACUUUCUAGACUCUCUGGAGCAUGACAUCCCACAAGGCGAUUCAUCCCCUAUCAACCUCGUCUCCAGCCAUUUGAAGAGUCUGUGUCUGCAGAGGUAUUUACAACCCUCAGCUAGCCAGCAGAGAGCAAGUCGGCCCGUUAUCAGGGCUCUAAGACAAAUGGCUGCCUAUCUCCCCAGUGGCCUUGCAAAAUCCAGCAAAGUGCUAUGCUGUGCUGGCCACCUACUUUCACCCAGCCUCCCCUCUCUGCUAACAUUUCACAGAUGUGACCUGAGCCCUCCCCUUUCGUUGCUUAACAAUAAGCAGCACCUCCCCAGCUCUGUGAAAGCUGAGAGCAAGAGCACUUUACUUCUUAGCCUGCCAAGAGCCACACGGGGACAAGGCUUUUCAAGCUGUCUCACUGAAAUCCAAACUAAAAGACCCAUAAUGAAUGAGAGGGCAGUGCUUCGUGUUAGCAAGGAAAAAAAGAGGUAGCCAAAAUGUAGACCGAAAUACCUCAUGUGGCUCACAGCUAUCCUUAUUCUUGGUUAGGAGAGGUAAUCUUUAGGCUCAGUGAAUGUGCGAAACUGAGCUACAGUAUCCCAUGGAGUCACCUGCCACUUAUACAAGUGGUUUUAACAAAUAAGCUUUAUAACACAGCGGUACAGAAGGAGUAAAACAGAUUACUGUGCACCAGAACAGUCAGCUUUCAAUUGUGAGGCUCGAACCCAGUAGCUGGCUCAGUAGGUUAUUAGUUGCAGCAUUGGUACCUGAAUUUCUCUGUUAAAGCUGAAGUCGGCCAUCCUUAGAAAUAAUCCUAGGAUGGCCGUAGCUGCUGCCUUCCAGCAGGGCGCACUCUGGUGCCAGCAUUGUCAGUGCGGAGCACGGAAAAGGAAACCACGGAGAAGUAAAAUGAGAAAGCAAGCACGAAGAGUAGCAUCAAAUUGAGGAGAAGCUAUGGCCUGAGUUUCCAGACUGUGUGUGGUAUACUGACCUCCUGAACUGUAGGUAUGGAGAAGAUAGUCUGUCCCUUCCAAGCUUAGGCAAUUUCUGGAAUGGUCACUGGGCUUUUCAAUAGCUUUCUUAUCAUCCUUAGCGAUCACAGGCAUGCAAUGGACAUACACAAAUACAUAAACACAUCUCCUACAUCCUUCAAAAGUAGACACGCUCUUCAUUGUUGCUAGUGAUGUGUGGACUGGGGAACCUUUAGAGGCUGUUAAGGCCACUCC